AUGACCUCAUCACCCAUCAAUAGCGUGCUAGUCAUCGGGGCUAGUGGCAACGUUGGCAAGUCCACUGUAAAAGCACUGCUGGCAGAGGGCUUUCAGGUAACUGGGCUCACUCGAGAGUCAUCAAAGGCGACCCUCCCAGCUGACGUGAAGCACGUCAAAACCGAUUACUCGGAAGCCUCCCUGCAAGAAAUUUUCAGAGGCCACGACGCAAUUGUUAGCACAGUUUCAAGCAUUGUCCCCGGAAAUGCCCUGGCCAUACAGAAGAGCUUUGUCGAUGCAGCGAUCGCAGCCGGAGUUAAGGUGUUUCUGCCAUCUGAAUACGGCGUAGACACCUCAAACCGCUCCGCGCCAGAGUUAAUCCCUUUCCUUGCGGAUAAACUCCAGACACUGGACUACCUCAAGUCCAAGGAGGACCAGAUAUCUUGGACCGCAAUUUGCUCCGGUUCAAUGUUCGACUGGGGCUUGAAUAUUCCGGGCUUCGGGGGCUGGAACGUGCCUACGUGCACCGUUACGAUCUAUGAUGGUGGUGAUAUCCGCUACGAAGCCACAACUCUAGAUCAGGUGGGCAGGGCUAUUGCAAAGUGCUUGCAAAAGCCGGAGCUCACAAAGAACCAGUAUGUCUAUGUGAACAGCUUUACCAUCACCCAAAAUGAGACUUUACAUGCCCUCGAAAAAGUGAAGGGGGAGAAGUUCAGCAUGUUCAAAGGAGAUGUUGAAAAGUUAUGGCAGGAAGGGGCAGCGAAGUGGAAGGAUGGGCAACCGCUAGGAGUGAUAUCUAUGCUUGCCGGAGCCAUCUAUGGAAAGGGGAGGUUGGCACAAUACUCAGUGACCAAGGGAUUAUGGAAUGAGAAGCUAGGCUUGGGGCAGGAAAACCUGGAGGAAUUUCUAAGGAGCUACGUGGCGGAGAAGAAGGGUUGA